GAUUUGUAGUUCAUUUACUAAUUCAUUAAUCUAAAAAAACAACUUCUGCAAAAACAUCACUCAACUCAACGUUAAACAAUGGCAAUUUCUGAGAAUCAACUGAUGUCUUUUCAUAUAAUUGAAAGAUUUCACAAUGAGAAAUUGAUAACAUGGUCAUAUCCAGAUAUCACUCAAACUAUAAGAGAUGUACUUGUAUCAGACAUCUCACUGCAAAGCUAUUUCCAUAGAACACAAGAGAAUGAGUGGAUCUACAUUUGGGAAAGUGCAACUGAACUCAAGAAAUACUCUCUGGCUUUAGUCACAAAAUCAUUUAACCCGAACCAAUUUGAGAAACUAGGGCAUCUUUUAAUGAAAUCUUAUGAGCAAAACUUGAAUCCUGUGCAAUUAGUGAAAAUCUACUUGGAAGCCUUCAUGAAAGGUUCCUAUAUAGGUCAAGAGAAUGGAAACCAGAUCAAAGAAUGUAAUAGGAACAAUUAUAUUGGUAUCAAAGAUUUAAUUCACUCAUUGGGGCAUGAAUUUAUUUUAAUUUUGAAUGCUUUAUUAUUAAAAAAGAAUGUUAUUGUUUACCACUCAAACUUAGAAACAUUGCAGAAGAAUUUGAAGUCAAUAGCAUCCUUAAUUGAUUUCAAGCUGAGGGAUCCAACUCAAUAUUUAUUCCCAAUCGUUAAAAAAAUCACUUCUGAUUUAAAGGAUGAAAGUUUCUAUGUUGCUGGAAUCAAGGAUAAAAGUGUUAUUAUAAAACAAGAUCACUAUGAUUUAUUUGUAAAUUUACUCAAUAACACUAUAACAAUAGCGAGCAAAUCAAAAGAUUCAUUUUGCAUGACAAGCAAGCACAAAGAAAUCACAAUGCAAUUGGUGCAAAUGGUCGAGGAUAACUGCAACGAUAGCAAAUUGCAACAAACUCUUCAUCGCAAAACGGAAAAUCUUAUAAAUUCUUUGCAGACUAACGAAGUGAGAUCGUGCACGAAUUCUUCAAUGGAUUCGUUCAUGCUGAACCUGGCGGUAGCAGAAAACUUAAUGAUAUAGUGUGUAGUGUUCGUAAUGAUAUAUUAAUAACAACUAAAUGUUUAUGCAUAAAUUUAUAUAAAAAAAAAUAUAAAUCAAUUGA